CGCUUUUUCAUUCCAUUAUGUAACGUAUUUCUCUGAUUUAGAGACUACUUUUGUAUGAAGAAGUUUGGUUAGAUAUGACCUUUGAUACAUUGCCCACAUUCCCAAUGAAAAAUAUACUAUACUCUGUGGUCAACCAUUUUGUUUCAGUCUGUUGAAAAUUGCGAUUGCGCCGGGUGUGUGACAACGUACAGUGAUCAUAUAUUGUGUUUGUUUUGUGGUUAUAUCGAAUCAUGUCAAUCUGGAGACUCGGCGAGGAACCACCACCGGAGUACCUCGAACUCCUUUACGAGGUAGAGGGAUCUGACGGUGGAUCCGAUGGCGAGGCGGACGUUGAAGACGAGGUGGACGUGGAAGACGAGGUGGAGGUGGAAGACGAGGUGGAGGUGGAAGACGAGGUGGACGUGGAAGACGAAGUGGACGUGGAAGGCGAGGUGGACCUGGAAGACGAGGAUGAAGAUGAGGUGGAGGCUCCACCAUACUCCCCACACCCAGGACACACGUCCCCGGAGAGCCGCGAGAGGCUGUCGCGAAUGGACGACCCAACGACGUCGAGAGAGUUCCGUGAGAGGUCACGCUCGCCACUGCCCUCUUCGGCAGAACCUGUGGUGCCUGCAGACUACCUAGAGGUCAUGUUCGACGACUUUGGUGUCCAGCUCGACGAACAGCCGACUGCGGUGCCUGCAGAGGGCCUAGUGGUCGUUUUCGACGAGUUCGGUGUCGCGCUCGACGAACAGCCAACGGCCGACGAGUUUUUUGCCCCGGAUACCCACCCAUUGUAUGAAAUAAGAGAUCGUGAAAGAGAUGUACGCAAUAGAAGAGGAACGAGUGGGAGAAGGGGUGGCCGAAGGGGGGUCAGAGGUGUGCGAGGACAGAGUGCACGCGGGGGUAGGUAUCCGAGCAGGGGCCGUAGGGGAGGACGGCAGUGGGUGGUGGGUGAACCACUCCACCAAAUUUGGUUGAGUGAUGCCGACGUCCCUCCCGAAUUGGUGAGUUUGGCGACGGAUGUAGUAAGGAGACGGCAGAGGGGAUUGCAAGGUGAUGCCGUGGCUGACAUUACUGAACGAGGAAGGGUAGCUAGUGAGAGUGAGGAUGAAUUAUUUGUCGACGCCAGUGAUGGAGGUGAUGCUCCCCGUAGACUGGAAAGUCAGAAUCUUGACUUUGAAUGGUAUCCUAUGGAUACCUUUCAAAGUCGAGAAGAAGAUUUUCUUCCAGAGCGUACUGGUUCGGUUCGGUAUUUCGACUCAGCCUACGACGCUUUCCGUUCCUAUUGGAGCGAAGAGGUCUUAGGUUUAAUCGUGGCCGAAACGAACUCUUAUGCUUCGAAAAUCAAUUCUGCUUCAUUCCAGGCUGAUUGGUUCCCCACUAAUUGUCAUGAAAUUUUAUGCCUUUUUUCGUUUUGGAUGAUGUUGGGGGUCGUCAGAAUGCCAACUGUUACCAGUUGUUUUUCCGUCGACCCUCUCUUGAAAACGGAAGUUUUCAGACGCAUCUUCACACGGAGAAGGUAUGAAAUGUUAAAUAGAGCAUUACAUUUUGUAGAGUCCCCCGUUACGAAUAACGAAAAUCCCUCCAACACUGACGCCAGAAGCUUUGACCGUUUACACCGUUUGAGGCCAAUAUUAGCACAUUUAAAUUCAGCAUUUCAAUCCAAUUAUAUUUUAAAUAAAGACAUUUGUAUAGAUGAAAGCCUUACACUUUGGAAAGGUAGAUUGAGUUUCAAACAGUAUAUUCAGACCAAAGCUUCUAAGUUUGGGAUCAAAACAUUCGAGCUUUGUGAGAGCACCACCGGUUACCUGUGGUCGUUCAUUGUUUAUGCCGGUAAAGAAUCGGGAACAGAUCUGCAGCAGUCGCCUGGAGAGCUUAAAAGCACAGCUGUUGUGAAAAAGCUCAUUGAUCCCUUACUGAACAAGGGAUAUAGAUUGUUUAUGGACAAUUGGUACAAUUCACCUCUAUUAGCUAGGUUUCUGAAGCUCAAUGGUACCGACUGCGUUGGUACUUUGAGAUCUUCCCGUCGCGAUGUUCCCGUUGUAGUAAAUAAGGCUCCUCUUAAUCAGGGAGAGUACAUCGCCCGACAUUCAGGCGAUGUUACUGUUUUAGCAUGGCAAGACAAGAAAAGAAUAACCAUGAUUUCCACUUGUCAUGGUGCAUCUACAGCCUUGCCUAGAGUCUCUUCAAGACCAUUAUCUCGAAAGGAAGCUUUUAAGCCUCAAGUCAUAUUGGACUACAAUAAAUUCAUGGGGGGUGUAGAUUUAAAAGAUCAAAUGUUGGAGCCUUAUUUAAUAGAAAGGAAACGUUGUAAAAAAUGGUACAUGAAACUUUUUAAACGCUUUCUCAAUGUAUCCAUUCUUAACUCUCGCAUUCUUGUAGAAUCAUCUACUCAUAAACAUCACGAUCAUUUAGCCUAUCGCCUUGAACUUGUAGAUACCAUCCUUUCAAAGCAUCUAUCACAUUGUCCACAAAGCCGUAGAUAUACUGUGUCAAGCAGUAGAUCUACGCACCAUCAACCUAAUAGAUUUGUCCACUCCACACAUUGGCCUGUCUCAUUGGGAUCCAGGAAGCGCUGUUUUGUUUGCCUGAAAAAUGGCAAAAAAAACAUAAGAACCUCCUAUUGUUGCGAAUCCUGUCGCGUGCCACUGUGUGUAGAGGAUUGCUUUAAAGCUUAUCACACCUCUCCAUAAUACCAAUUAUUCAUAAACAACUACGGCGGGAAAAAUCGGGGUAAGAAACUUGCACAAUUUAGGUAACCAACCCGGCGAGAACCGGCGUAAGAAACUCACAUUCGCAUAUUGUGAUUGCUAAGUCACAUUCGUAUGACUGGUAUUGUAUGAAAACAGAGUGGAAGGUUAGAAUGAUUGUAUAUAUUUUGUAUAUAGUAUAGAUAUGCCUUUACAUUUUUUUACUUUACAUUGCAAUUUUUAUGUUUGUUAUCACUGUUUGUGAUUGCAUGUACAUAAUAUUAUAUUAUAAUAUGUGUGUUUCACUUUUUUCGCAAAAUUUCCAAUCUAAAGGCAUCAUGCAUUAUCUUUAGACAAUGUGUGCGUGUGUCAUUGUCUUUUCAACAUUCGAAAAAGAUGCCACGGUUUUGCUGUAAGGGCAUAUCUAAGUAUAUUUUACCGUAGUACAUAACCCUUUAACUUUUGACUCUUCGUAGAAACACAUAAUCAGAUAAAUAAAUCUAUCGACUAUAUCUGUCCUGCUGUAACUUGCACGAAGUGUACAUAAAAUAAUAAAGAUGGCCUACAGUCACUUCUCAUGGUUCUAAAACACACUUACGACGAUUACGACGAGGUUCGAAAUUUGACCCUUGUCUUGAAUAAUUAUUUGUGCAAUAUGGCCGUCACAGUUGAAGGGAUAUGUAAUACGAUAUUGUAUUCUAAGUUAAAACUGCACUAUUUACCUAAGACCUGAUUAUGUUGUUUUGUUGAGUAAUAAGUAAUACCUAUAAUAAGAUUAUGUAAAAGUGACUCGCUGGAACCCAGAUAAACCCUGCGAGGUUUUCGGGUAUAGCAUAUUGUAAAAGACUACAAUAGUCUUUUACAAUA